AUGAAUCACAUUGACCUUGAACGAGUGGACAUGACGCAUGCAGACGCCUGCCUCAUUUUGGCUGACAGUCGCGCUGCAGAUCCAGCCCAAGAAGAUGCUGCAAAUAUAAUGCGAGUGGUGUCCGUUAAGAACUAUGCAAGCAAUGUCCGUGUCAUUGUCCAGUUGCUUCAGCAAUGCAAUAAAUCUCAUCUUCUGAAUAUUCCAACAUGGAACUGGCAAGCAGGUGACGAGAUCGUGUGCUUCUCCGAAUUGAAGCUGGGUUUUCUCGCCCAGAGCUGUCUAGCACCAGGAUUCUCCACUCUCCUUACCAAUCUCUUCUCAAUGCGCUCUCUCCACGGACAGCACUCGAUAGCAGGAGCUGCAAUAGCAAUGGAAGACGCGACAAUGCAUGUAACGUCUGCUCAGACGUUCACUACUUCUACUCCUUCCGUGGAAGGAAAUGAUCCAGAUCAAGGCAUCAAGGUUCCUAGAGUUCGCUUGCAGUCUAUGCCCAAUUUGGCUCUUCGUUUAACUGAGAACUUCCGCAAGUUCUAUACCACAUCCAUUUUUCGAGGAAAGACCGAUCAAAGCACUCAACGCUUCGUUGAGGCAGGUAUUAGAACUUCGUCAGCGACAAAUCUUGAUAAUCUCGGUGGUCAGAAUGCCCAAUGGCUGUCGGAGUACUUGCAUGGAGUGAGUAUGGAGUUGUAUUCAGCUCGGUUUUCAGUGGCUUUUGAUGGGAUGACUUUUGCAGAGGCGGCCAAGCUGUGCAUGGAGAAGUUGGAGCUAAUGUUGAUUGCAAUCCUAGCUCAGAGUGCAGAGGAAGAAAAUGAUGGUGGUGCAGGACAAUAUCCAUAUUUAGCCAUCAAUCCACCUUCAACUCCCCAAUCAACUAUACAUGAAAGAACUAUUGGAUUCUUCAUUUGUGAUUCACAGGAAAUCGCCAGUCGGGCAACUUGGUAUUGUAUCCGGUGUCAUGCAAACGUUAAAUCCUACAAUCAGAUUCACAAAUGUGCUUGCCAGAAAUAUGACUUCAAAAAGCGGUUCCGCAAUCUUCGAGAACGAAUUUCAGCAGAAAUCAGUGAAACUAGUCGUCCGAAUAGUAGAAUGGUACCUCCUUCUCCAAUGGGCUUCAACACAACUGGCAAAGGGAAAAUGAGUUGCCAAGUAUCUACGCAUACAAGUACAAAACCGAAGGCCACUUUUGACCUUUCCGAUGACAACGACAAACCGAUUCAAAUAAACAUUGAGGAUAAAACAAUCGAUAUUACCGGUGUGUAUUAUUGGUGUCAAAAGCGGACCCUAUCCGAAGCAAUCCUUCCUAAUAAUCGUAACAUUGAGAGUCGAAUCUCCGAUGUAAAAGCUGGCAGAAUUCUUCAAAAUCACAUUCUUGUUUGUCUACUGGCUGACAAAAAGGCGCCACGUUUGGGUCUAAGAUCCUUUGUCCUCCCCCUACGUGCCAGCAAUCUUCCUGCCAGCCAAAUCCGUCCAAUUGUAUUCCUCACUUCUCAUGAAUUCAUUUCCGAGGAGUGGCAUGAGUUGGAAAACUUUCCAGAAGUUUACUUCCUUCCUGGUUCUCCACUGAGUCGCAGAGAUCUAUGGAUUGCAAGGAUUCAACUAGUCUCUGUGUGUGUUGUCAUUGGCGUUUCAGAAACCGCUCAAGCUGAUGAUCCCUACUUGCUUGACAAGGAGGCAAUUCUCUGCUCCCUCAACAUUCGCGCCUUAAAGAUUCCACCUUCUUUGAGACAAUCCGUUUGUGAUGAUAUUGCUGCAAGAUCAAGUGGGGCUGAAAUACCCCUUCUAACAGCUCUCUGUAUGGAUUCCAAUAUCCACUUCCUAGAUCCUGAUGAUUUUGAAACUGGAAAGGCAGAUAUCGAUAUUUUCUUAACAAUCCCAUUUGCCAGGGGAUUAGCUUUCACUGGAUCUGUAUUGGAUGCCCUUGUAUCCACUGCCUAUUUCGAUAGAAACGCUAUGACACUUAUUCGUUACUUGGUUACGGGUGGAACUACACCUGUUCUAGAGCAGUGGGCAGUGUAUGGUGGCGACUUCUAUGAUAACGUCCAUUUCACUGAUGCAGAAGAAGUUCACGUUAACGAAUUUCUUGCCUCUCUAAGAAGAAACAAUACGAAACGACCAACUAUUGCACAGUUAAGUUUCAAUGAUCCACAAUUGAUGAAAAUUAUGGAGAAUUAUGGAAGUGCUAUGCAAGCUAUCGCUUUUGGAACACUCUUUUGCAAAUCUCUUGAGGAUACUGGAAUCCUGUGUCUGGGGCUCUUCCGUUUGAAUGCUCCUCCCUCCACUCCUAGACGAAUAAGAACAAGCACUAGUUCGUUGAACAAGAACUACAAACCGGCACCGAUUGUCAGAAGAGCUAGUGCCUGUAGUCCACCGAUGCCUGUCAAAAUGAGGAUUCUUUUUGAAGAACGCGAUGACUUAAAGUUACAACCCGAGCGUAGGAGGCUCGUGGACAGAAUGAAUAUGCCACUGGGGCCAAAUUCAGCCAACAACAGAUUUGUCAUUACUAAUCCACCGUACAAUUUUCCCGUGCACGCCAGUGAUUUGGUCUACUGUCUUUUACCAUCCACGUAG